AUGCCUAAACGAAAAAAAUCGUUUGCUGACCAACAUGAACUAUACGAAUCUAAUGAUUCUGAUGAUGAUUGUGCUGAACUCAUUGACCUUCCAAACCCAGACGAUUCCGGAGACUCAGAUGAGGAAUCUGAUAAUGAGGAUUUUCAUAGCAGCAAUCUUGAUGGAAAUAUUGAAGAUCUUUCUCAAUACACAUGUAGAAAAAUUUCUAAAUGCUAUAGAGAUGAUCAAACAAAAUUAGAGAAUGAACACAUGACAGGAAAAAUUACAUCAUCGAAGCGACUCGAAAAUGGCUAUGAUCUUUCAAAAAUAGAUUUGAAUACUUUUUUAGGUGUAAUUAUUCUAUCGUCAUUCAAUGAAAGGAAAUCUCAAAGAGAGUAUUGGUCAUCUGAUCCUCUAUUGUCUUGCGAUAUAGUUCAACAAGCCAUCACACGCAAUACAUUUGAACAAAUCAAAUCUCAUUUGAAAUGCUCUAAGCCUGCAGAUAAAAAUCCCAACGAUAAGGCAUGGAGAUUCAUUCGAGGAAAACCUAUACGGCGUGGUUUGAAGUUUUGGGGAUGCUGCACAUCUGACGGAUUUUUAUUAGAUUUUGAUUUAUACUGCGGUAAAGAUUCAAAUGCAAAUCUUCUGAAUAAAUGUUCUCUUGGUUCUCGAGUUGUGAUAAAUUUACUGGUACCAUUUUCCAAGAAAUUAUCUAGUACAGAAAUUCCUCGAUUCCAUCUUUAUUUUGACAAUUUUUUUACGAAUUUUGAUCUUAUUUUACAUUUGCAAAAGCUAGGACUAAGAUGCACGGGAACAAUAAGAGACAAUCGCGUACCCAAAGAAGCCAGAAAUGUGAUUGAUAAAAAAGCUUUAAGAGGUGUUAGCCCAAAAUUACCAUCACAAAGAUAUAGCGCAGAGAAGAAAGCAAGAGUUGAUGUACAUUUUCCAUGUGCCUUUCAUACUUACAAUAAAUUUAUGGGUGGUGUUGAUUUACACGAUAAUCAUUGCAACAAUGUUCUACCAAUCAUACGUUCAAAAAAAUGGACAUGGGUAGUUUUGAUAAGGCUUAUUCAAUCUGCAAUAGUCAAUGCACUGGUGCUGUAUAACACUUGUAAAUCAGAAGAUAAAAAGGUAGGAUCUAAAAAUUUUACAUUGAGUAUUGCCAGACAAUAUCUUGAAAAUGCGAAUCAUAGAGAAACCUAUGUAAACUUAGGAUUUAGAACUUUUAUGAGUGGAAAUGUGGAAAAAACAGGUUAA